CAAAACAAGAUUUAUUAUUUUUUUCUGCUCUUUAGAAUCAGUUGUAAAGUUGCAGGCUCUCUUACCUUAGUCUUACUAUCUAGAUCUAGAUCUAGAUUCUCUUGGCUUAUUUCAGGACACCUUACAGGCGACAUCAUUGAUUGAAAAUGAAGUCCUGUAUUCCAGCAAAAGAUAAAGAGGAAGAGGAAAUGAACCAAGAGGUGCCUCAGAAUUUCAUCCCACCUUGCCAGCCAAGAAUGAGUGCAUCUCAUUCCGCUCAGUCAUCAUACACCAAUCAGAGAGAUUCUUGUCCUAUCUCAUGGCAGCCAACCUUUUUGCCCACACGUAACUCAACACCCCCUGAGACACCAACAUUGCCCAAUGCAAAACUAAGUGAGCAGCACAACUGGCAGGCCUUGGUCACCAAUGUGCAUGAAAGAAAUGCUGUCAUGUUUAAUAAUUCAUUAAUGGCUGAUGUAUUUUUUACUGUUGGUUUGGGAUUAAACCAGAAGAAGAUACCAGGCCACAAAUUUAUACUUGGCUCAGGAAGCUCUGUGUUCUAUGCUAUGCUAUAUGGUGGUCUUGCUGAAGAAGUAAAAAUUAUGGAGAUCAGCAUUCCUGAUGUGGAGCCAGCUGCCUUUUUAAACCUUUUGAGAUUUUUGUAUUGUGAUGAAGUUUGGAUUGAAGCUGAUACAGUACUCGCUACUCUCUAUGCAGCCAAAAAAUACAUAGUUCCUCAACUAGCCACAGCUUGUGUUGUUUAUCUUGAAACCAGUCUGAGUGCUAAAAAUGCCUGUGUUCUCUUAAGCCAAGGAAGACUUUUUGAGGAGUUGGAGCUUAUGCAGAGAUGCUGGGAGGUUAUUGACGCACAAGCAGAAGAGUCACUUACAUCCGAAGGAUUUACAGACAUAGACAAACGCACGUUGGAAACAAUACUGUCUCGUGAGACACUUAACACCAAAGAACUUUGUGUCUUUAAUGCUGUGUGUAGGUGGGCAAAAGCAGAGUGUGUUCGCCAAGAACUCAGUCCAACACCUCAAAAUCAGAGAAGGAUUUUAGGUGACUGCAUUCAUUUAAUCAGGUUCCCAGCUAUGUCUCUUGAAGACUUUGCUAAUGGGCCAGCUCAGUCAGGGGUGCUCACACUCCAGGAGUGCCAUGAUCUUUUCCUCCACUUCACUGCUCAACUCUCGCCCAAGCUGCCCUUUAAGAAAAUAGGUAGAAAGGGCCUUACUCAGUAUAGAGUUCACAGGUUUCAAUCGUCUGCUUAUAGAAGCAAUCAAUGGAGAUACAGAGGCAGGUGUGACAGCAUUCAGUUUUCUGUAGACAGGAGAAUUUUUAUAGCUGGCUUUGGGUUAUAUGGGUCAAGUAAUGCCACGUCAGAAUACAAAGUGAAAAUGGAAUUAAAGCGUAAUGGGGUCAUUGAAGGGGUGCAGUCUACAAAGUUCUUAUCAGAUGGUUCUAGCAACACAUUUCCCGUCAUGUUUGAAAGUCCUGUGCAGAUUGAGCCAGAAACUUUUUAUACAGCGAGUGUUAUUCUAGAGGGUAAAGAGUUGAGCUAUUUUGGUCAGGAGGGUGUGGCUGAACUCCAGUGUGGCAAAGUAACUUUUCAGUUUCAGUGCUCUUCAGAUAGCACAAAUGGUACAGGGGUUCAGGGAGGUCAAAUACCUGAACUAAUAUUCUACUGCUAGGUGAAAAUGUUAGACCUUUUUUUUUUUUAACAAAUACAUGUUAGCGAAAUAUACAUUUCUAGCUCAACAGUAAUCAAUUUUCAUUUUCAAUUAGUUUUUUUUUAAAUAUAGCAUUUAAUUAAUGUUUUUGUAUAUAAUUUUGAUCCAAUAUACUGAGAUAUAUAUUAGACAGUUUAUUUAUUUUUUAUAAAUGCAUUUAACUUACAUGGAAUGUAUACUAAAGGUACCCAGUAUAAUUGAUAAGUUGACACCAGAUGAUUCAAUUUUUUGGGGGUUGCCCUUCGUAAGUGGGGUUUUUUUUUGUAUUUACUUGCUGUAAGUAUUUAUUAGCAGUUCAUAUAAUAUGCCUUUUGGGUUGUCCUUAGUGUUCUUUACUUUUCAGCUUUUUUUUCCCCCCUCCCUUUGAAAGAGAAAACAUUGUUCUGAACUUAACUGUCUCUUCUAAGCUUGAAAAUCGCUUCUGUUUUUGUCUCUUAGAUUAAAAAAGCAUGUCUAACUUUGUUAUUAGAAUGGGGGUAGGUUUGAAUAGAACCAGAUUGUAUUACAGCAGGUGAGAGCAAAAUAUUAUGUUUUUACUGGGUAAACUGAUUUAUUUUGUGCUGUAUAAAGUGUUGGGUGUAUUCCUUUUUUCCAGUCAACAUAAACAUGAAUUUAAUAAGUGACAUAAACUUACUAAUCCUCAAUCUUUAAGAUAAUGGAUGUGAUAUUUCAACCCCUAACCAUUGUCUCUGAGGCAUUUAGCCACUUAGUAAGCAAACAAUGAUGAUUCAUUAAUAAUCAAGAUAUCUGUGUUAAGAAUUUUGAACCAUUUUUUUUUUCACUAAUAAUUGUAUGCUGCUGCUAAAACUUUAACAUGACUGCACAUCAUAAGGCCCAGGCCCAACCUAUAUCGUGCCUAUGUGAGCUCAGUGUAAAUACUAUAUAUAGUACCGGUAUGUAGAUAUUAUAUUUUCUUUGUCAUUAUUUUUCUCUAAUGGUUUUAUGCUUGAAUGUAAGUUUUGUUAAGCUUCUAGCCCAAAUCUCUUGCAGGAAAUCUGGGGAUGAUAGCGGGCAGAUUUUGAAUGCAUAACUACUGAGAAUAUGGUCUAAAGUGGAAUGCCACACAUUAUAGGAAGCUAUACCUAUUGUUCCCCUAUUUAAUGGAAAGAUUUAUGUCUUGGCUUAAUUUAUUUUUUUGUUGUUGAAAGAUUUUUAUGUAACGUAUUAUACAUAAAUGAAUACCUUUUUUUUUUUAAUAUUUAAAAGAAAUCAUGCAUUUUUGUUAUCAUGCAAACUCAUUUAAGUUUCUACUGUAACUCUUGGACAGCACUAAAUUCUUGAUGAUGUCAAAAAAAAAUCAUGAUUAAUUAUUUAUAUAUAACUUACAGUUGCUCCUUCAAAAGUAAGUAACAUUUUUUUUUUAUUAGAGCAAGAAAGUACAUAUAAAUGUGUUGUUUUGUUCCUUUUAAAAGUAUUUUGUAAAGUUUUGUUUAGAAAUCUUGUCCCUUUUUUCUGUGAUUACAUUUUUCAGAAGAAACAUUGUUUUACUUGGUUAAUCACCACAGUCUUGUCCAUCCAAAAAUUAUGUUUAGAAAGGAGGUUGGAAUUCUCAGUGAAAAUGUGUUUAUGUAUUAGUAUUGUUGUUAUGAAGGGGUCAUUUUACCUUCAUGGCUCUGUGGAUGAUGUAGAUAAACAUUGGGAAAUAGACUCAUGUGUAUUUAUUUACUUAUGUUAGCAGUUAGUAUAGAGUUGAUGAAACUUGUUAUUUGCAUGUUAGAACCUGACAGAUCUCAGUAAAUCCAAAGAGUUCAGACUUGAAGUGUGUUGGUCAGAUGGAAAAAGGCUUAAUUCUUGUGCUGUAGUGAGUAUAUAUCUUGGUUAGGUCUGCACUUUUUAGUAUUGAGGUUUUAGGAUGUACUUGAGUCCACCCUGCUCAAAUAUCUUGCUGACAUUGAGCAAAAUGAAGGCAAUUAGUUGUAGUGCUGGACACAUGACAACAGCCUCUUGAACUACUAAUUACAGAAAUAGAUGAGCUAUACAUCAUCUACUGUAUAAACAUACUUGUCUCAAACAGAAUUUUCUUUUUAGCUUUGUAAUAAACAAGUUAGAAAUCAUUAUUUAUCUCUGUGUACAUAACCUGUACACACAUAAAACGUGAUGUGAUGGAUCCAUUUGUUACUUACAUUUAUCUGUUAACUCUGGGCAUUAAAGUUUUGUAUUAUUUUUAAUGAGACCUGUUAAUUUAAAACAUUUUAUUCAUAUCACACUUGCUCUGAGAUCUUGUUUAAUUUUAUGUAGAUAAAUUAGUUGGUGAUAUACUACACACAAUGAAAUUAAUUAAUUUGUUUGUUGUAGAAUAAAUAUUUGAAUUGGA